AUGGAGAAAGAAUUUGCUCAAUCUAAGAGAGAGACAACGCCAGCUACUCCAGUUUAUAAGGGUAAGGAGAAGAAAGGUGAACAACUCCCAGAACAGGUAGUAGAAAAAGCUUCCAGCAAAGAAAACACACAAAGCAGUAGGCGAAGGUUAAUUCUUUCACCAUUCCCUCAGAGGUUGGCAAAGCAAAAGAAAGAUGAUCACUACAGGAAAUUCAUCGAAAUGCUCAGCCAAAUUCAAUUGAAUAUUCCACUGAUGGAUGCUUUGAUGGAAAUUCCAAGUGCGGUAAUGACAAGGCCUAUGGCUCAAAAAGUGUCUGAUCCAGAUAGUUUCACUAUCUCAAGCACCAUUAGGAGUUAUGCUUUUGCUAAAGCAUUGUGUGACUUGGGAGCCAGUAUAAACUUGAUACCCUUGGCAAUCUAUACAAAAUUGGGCAUUGGCAGAGCUAGACCGACCUCAAUGUUGUUGCAAUUGGUUGAUCACAGAGUCAAAAGACCGAUAGGAAUUCUUGAUGAUGUGUUUGUUCAAGUGAGGAAAUUUGUAUUCACUGCAGACUUUAUCAUUCUUGACUGUCAAGUGGAUGAAGAGAUACCAAUCAUUAUGGGCAAGCUGGUUUUAGCCACUGGGAGAGCAUUGAUUGAUUGUGAGACUAAAGAACUAAAAAUGAGGUUGAGCAAUGAAGAGAUAAUAUUCAAUGUUCAACAAUCUAUGAGGAGACCUAGUGAAUUUGCAAAUUGCUCACUAGUAGAGGCCGUAGAUGUAAUACUACAAGCGGAGGAAGAGACUAUUAAUGUUAGGGAUCCGUUGGAAGCCUGCUUGAUGAAUAUGGAAAAUGUGGAUGGUGAGGAGUUGGCAGAGUGGGUCAUGGCUCUUGGAAGAAAGAACAACACCACUUACGAAAUCAUCGAUAGAGGAGCCACCACAAUUGGACCUGAAACUGCUUCCAGAGUAUCUUAG